AUGGCAGAUUUGGAGCGCCGUAACAAGCUAGAGGAGCUGAUUCGACAGAAGAACAAAGGCCGACCAGGAUCAAGAGAGCGGGACGAGUAUGACGGAUACGGCAAUGGUCGGGCGGAGAGAGGAGGACGAGGAGACGGACCCUCGCAUGGCAGUGCCGAUCCGAAGAAGAACGGAAGCAACUGGGGGUCGUUCUUCGGGCCUUCGAAGGUGGCGAUUGCCAAGACGGUGGUGGACGCGGAGCGGAUCCGUCGAGAGGCUCAGGCCAUGGCCGCUCGCGAGGCGCAGCGGAAGAGAGAGGAGGCGGAGAAGGCACGCAGUGGCAGCAAGGCGAAUGUAGCAGGGAGGCCUGCAGGGGCGAAGAAGGCACCAGAGGCGGCUUACCGGGACGACAGGAGGAUGCUCCUCGCUGAGGAGGAGGCGAAGCGCAAGCGACUCAAGGAGAAUCGGGACUUCUCCUUCCUCUUCUCAUCAGAUUCCAAGCAAAAACCACCUCCCUCCCGGUCCCAGAUCACCCCUCCUAGACCGCACACAGCCCCUCCGAGAUCUCUUAGUACCCCUCCGCUUUCCAAGGACCAGUAUAGAGACCAGCCACGUCAGCAGCCGCUUCCUGGCCAAUCACAUGCGGCGAAGCCUGCGAAGCCUCUGCCUGGUCGGCCGAUGGCUUCUGCCGGACCUGACGGGCAGGUUCGGCGACCGGUGACUGCCGCCGGGCCGGACGCGAGGGUUCGGAAUGAGGGAGUGGGGAGGAGGGUGGAAGAGGCUCGGGACGUGGGGGGCCGAUGGGAUGAGAGGGAGAGGGGGAGGGAGAAGGAGAGGGAUAGAGGCAGGGAGAUGGAGAGGGAGAGAGAUCGGGAGAGGGGGAAGGAUGGUGGGAUGGGGAGAGUGAGGAAUGAGAGCUCUUCACAUGGGAGUGGGCAUGGGCACCACCAUUCGCAUAAAGAGGGGCACAACGGCAGGCACAGCGAGAGAGAGCACGAGAGACACAAAGAGAGUCACACCGACAGGCAUAACGAAAGGCAUAACGAGAGGCAUAACGAGAGGCACAGAGACGCACAGAAAGACGCUUACAGGGAGGGGCAAAAGGAUCCCUACAGGGGGGAUUUGCACAAGGAGAGGAAUGGGGUGAAGGAGCGGGAUGUUCCUCCUAGAGACAGGGAUGCACCCAGGGAGAGGGACGGGCAUAGGGACAGGGCCGUGCAGAGGGAUGGAGAGGGGUACAGAGGGGCGGGGAGCAUCGGCCACAGCAGCGGCGGUGCCCAGCAGCAACGGCAUAUUAGCAGAGCAGCUGGCUCUGGUGCUGGCGCGGGUAUUGGUGCUGGGGCUGGUGUUGGUUCUGGUGGAAUGGGGACUGCAGGGAUAGGGGACAUUGUUCGAAGGGAUGGUGAUGAGAGGCGGAUGGAUGGGCGGGAUAAAGCGGACAGGGGGGUACAUGGGGCGUAUGGGAUGAGUGGACGGGGCGGGGGCUAUGACGAUCGGCCUAUCAAGAAGCCGCAACCAGGUUCUGCCCCUCCCCACCGCACCCAACCACCCCCUAUGUCAAACAAGCCUCUUGGCUCUGCUCCGGCCAGACCUGCUGGCAUGGCUCGGCCCAAGCCAGGGAUGGAGGCGCAACCACAGGGAGAACCACAUGGGGCCGGCAUAUGA